CAUGCGCCCUGCCCGAGGACUGGCAGGGAGACGGCAAUAUGGCGAGAAUGCCUGGCAGCGGCGGCGGCGGAGAGUGGAGCGGCGGCGGAGGGGGAGGCGGAGGCGGCGGCGGGAACAAUGCGAGGGACCGGCCGCCCGCCCGCGGCCGCGGCGUCGCCCCCCGCCCGCACCGCUACUGCAGCGCCGGCGAGGAGGAGGAGGGCGAGGAGGAGGAUGAGAUCCAGGAGGUGCAGAUAACGGGGGACGAGGAGGAGGACGGAGCCGAUGGGGGGCUGCUGCUGGACGAGGAGGAGGAGGAAGAGGAGAUGGGUCUGGAGUGGGACGGCGAGGAGGAGACGGAGCCGCUGCCGCCCGCCCCGGGCCGUACGCCGGGUGGCGGCGGCAGCAGCGGCGUCGGGGCUGCCCCGGGGGGCGCCGCGGCGACUGCCCCAGGGGGAUGCAGUGGCCCCGGGGGGGCGGCGGAGGACGCAGAGCUGGAGGCGGCCCUGCUGCUGCAGCGGCCGGAGCGGGCGCGGCUGAGCGAGAACACGCGGCUGGCCACCCGCUACGCCGUGCGCAUCUUCCGCGAGUACCUGAGCGAGAAGGCGCAGAGCCCCGACUUCGAGACGAUGGACAAGGGGGCGCUCUGCCGGGUCCUGCGCUCCUUCUACGCCGAGGCGCGCUCCAAGAGCGGGCAGCUCUACUCCAAGUCCUCCCUCAUCAGCAUCCGCAGCUCCCUCAACCGCUACCUCAACGAGCCACCCUACUGCCGCACCCUCGACCUCACCAAGGACCCUGAGCUCCGCGCCGCCAACCUCACCCUGGCCGCUGUCAUCCGCAAGCUGGAGGAGCAGGGUGCUGGGCCGGUGGUGCAGAAGCAAGCCAUCACCCGUGCUGACCUCCGCAAGCUCUACACCUGCAGCGUCUUCAGCACCCAGAGCCCCUUUGGGCUCCUCAACAAGGUCUGGUUCGAGACCUGCAUGUACUUCUGCACCCGCGGCAGGGAGAAUCAGCGGGAGCUGGAGGAGGACUCCUUUGGGCUGGCCGUGGACGAGGACGGACGCAAGUUCGUCUACUUCAAGGCGUUGGGGCCCUACCACAAGUCACGCUCAUCCUCCUGGAGCAAGAAGCGGGCAGAGACCAGUGAUGAGGAGAACCUGCCCCGCAUGUAUGAGACUGGCACGGAGUUCUGCCCCUAUGCCAGCUUCGUCAAGUACCUCUCCAAGCGCAACCCCCUCUGCAAGGCCUUCUUCCAGCGCCCACGGGACCACUGCAGCGAGGGUGACAUCACCUGGUAUGAGAACAAGGCCAUUGGGAAGAACCUCCUUGGCACCCGCAUGCAGAUGCUCUCCAAGGCAGCCAAGCUCUCCAAGACCUACACCAACCACUGCAUUGGCGCUGUCUCCAUUGCCACCCUCAACAGCAUCGCUGGCAUUGGCACCAAACUGGGGGGGCCGCAGCCACCACACCACCACCCGCCUCCCCACCACCACCACCUCCUCCACCACCCUGCUGGCGGGGGCUGCUACACCCCUGCCGCCCUCAAUGGUGGGCCACGGCCCCGGCCGCCUGCUGCCAACCCCUACGUGCUGCCCAAAGACAAUGAUGCUGUGCCAGUGAAGGCAGAAGCAGCUGCAGUGGCCCCGGCCAAGCGGGCACUCUACGAGGCAGUGUUCCCGUCGGGGGGUGCGGCCGGCGGCGAUGCCUGUGGGCCUUCCGCCUCCCCCAAAAGACUCUGCCGCCGCCCCGCUGAGCCCCUGGAUGCCGCCUCACCCGCUGUGGUGGUGGUCUCAGUGAAACACGACCCCCUGCCUCACCUCCUCCCCGAAGCCAAUGGGCACAGAAGCACCACCUCACCCACAGUAGUUUCACCUGCUAUUGUUUCCCCCACACAGGACAGUCGGCCCAAUAUGUCAAGACCUCUGAUCACUAGAUCCCCUGCAUCUCCAUUGAACAAUCAAGGCAUCCCCACUCCAGCACAGCUCACAAAAUCCAACGCACCAGUUCACAUUGAUGUGGGUGGGCACAUGUAUACCAGCAGCUUGGCCACGCUUACAAAAUAUCCCGAUUCCAGAAUCGGCCGGCUUUUCGAUGGCACGGAGCCCAUUGUCCUGGACAGUCUCAAGCAGCAUUAUUUCAUCGACAGAGAUGGGCAGAUGUUCAGAUAUAUCUUGAAUUUUUUAAGGACAUCAAAACUCCUCAUUCCUGAUGAUUUCAAGGACUACAGUUUGUUAUAUGAAGAAGCAAAGUAUUUCCAGCUUCAGCCCAUGCUAGGAGAGAUGGAAAGGUGGAAACAGGACCGGGAGAGUGGCCGCUUCUCGAAGUCUUGUGAGUGCCUGGUGGUACGAGUUGCCCCAGAUCUUGGAGAGAGGAUUACACUGAGUGGCGAUAAGUCAUUGAUAGAAGAAGUGUUUCCAGAAAUCGGCGACGUGAUGUGUAAUUCUGUCAAUGCCGGCUGGAAUCACGACUCGACGCAUGUCAUCCGAUUUCCACUGAAUGGAUACUGUCACCUCAACUCAGUUCAGGUACUUGAGAGGUUACAGCAAAGAGGGUUUGAGAUUGUUGGCUCAUGUGGAGGUGGGGUGGACUCUUCCCAAUUCAGUGAAUACGUACUGAGACGAGAACUCAGAAGGACAUCUCGUGCACCCUCCGUCAUUCGAAUAAAGCAAGAGCCUCUGGACUAAAAUGGACAUGUUUCUUUAUGCAAAAAAAAAAAAAAAAAAAAAGGAAAAAAAAGGCAAAGAGAGGAAAAAAAAAAAGGGGGGGGACAUUUCAUGUGCAGUUUGGACUCCAAACAAGUCCUGGAACUAAAAUUGAAUAAAAGACACAUUUAUAUCAAAUAUAGAGACCACACCUGAAUUCAUAUGGGAACAUUUGGAAUAGUAGUAAUAAUAAUAACCUCAAAGUGUAAAAGAAAACACACACACACACACAUAUAUAAAAUAUGUAUGUAUAUGUAUGUAUGUACAUAUAUAUAUGUAUGUAUAUGUUAAAGGGUAGGAAAUGCAACAACAAAAAAGUGGUAGCUGAGGUUGGUGCUGUGACUGCCAUUAAGUGUCCUAGGCCUCACUCGGGCCCACUUAACGGUGUACAAGCCAUUACCAUUGGGGGAUACAGAGACUACUCUGCACCCACUUUCCAUUGCCAAAUGGCCAUCGACUUUUUCAUGUGUACACACCUUGGCUCAACUUUAUUUGCAUAUGGAAGUUUAUGUCUGUCUUUUUUAGAGGUGGAUGGGCAGGUGUUCAGGAGAUGACCAUCCAUUGCAUUGGAAAGCUAGUCGACUGAAAUUUUAAAUGUAGUUUGUACAGAAGUCGCACACUUUUUGUCUGCCCUCACAGAUGUGAAAGUUUAACUUUUCUUUUGAAUGAGGGUUAUUUUUUCUUGUUGUUUUUGUUUUGUGUUUGUUUUUUUUUUUUUUUUCCAAAGGGGCCCAGAAUAAUUAAUAUUUGGUAGAGAUGCUCUGGUUUGAAUCUGCUGCUUUCCUACAAUUUUUUCAAAUUUUAUAAUGUAUUAAAUACAAUAAACUCUGUUUAAAGUAACAAGGGUCUGGUUUAAGCCAACAGACACAGAGAGGUGGGAUUUAGCUCACUGUACUCCAGCACGUGGAGUGGUGGCCGCUCGGGCAGGCAGCGCUGCCUGUGUACGGUGGAGUGAGCUAAAGGCAGCAGAUGCUGUUGCAGGCUGCUGGUCUUCCGUCAGCGCUGUCUUUUGAGCUUUGUCCUGGUUUGAAGAGAGGCUUUUGGUCAGAUUUAAUAACACCAGCUCAGCCCAGAAAUGACCGUCAAAAAAUGAUACCUGGUUCUGUAAACCUUCGAUGUAACAGUGAAUAGCUGCAUCCUUCCCCCUUGACUAAGGAGUUGGCAGCUUCAGCUCUCCAAGCCUUUGCCCUGCUGAGUGUUAGUCAGCCUGUUUCUUUUUAAUGUUGUUCAUUUCCCUCGUUUAAAGCUAGUGUUCUUCUGCCUAGGGAGUGAGACAGUCAGUCCCUCGUGUUACGCCAUCGGCUACAUUGCUCUUGAUGGCAUCGGUAAGUCCAUGUUCUGCAUUAGAUGUCCUGCGAGUUGUUCUCUAGCAGAGUCUCACCGAGGCCACCUCUGCAGCUACCUGGUUCAGGCCGGUGAGAUUUUUGCAAAGGUGCCACGUCACGAUACCACUGCACAAGACUGUUCAUGAGUUGAAGCUUUCACCACCUAAGAUGCACCAGCAACCACCACCUUUCCUCCAAAGUAUCUUUUUAUGCAAUAUUCCAGAAUAUGACUGUGUAUUCAUCCUAGUACGGAAGUUUCUAUUGAUGCAAUGCUGCCGGCGUUCCAUUCAUUUUGGUGACACUUUCCUAUUUAUUUAAGAAAAGAAAGAGCUUGUUAAAUACAUGUAACAAGGUUUUUAAUAUAGUCUGAUAACUCAAAAGCCACCAUUUUUUUGGUUUUUAUUAAAAAAUGUCAGAGGGUGCACUUAAGUAACUCUCUGGCAGCACAUAUCAAUGGUUUUGAAAUUAUUGAAAUGUGGAAUUGGGGGGGGCGGGGUAGGAGGGACUCCAAAAAUUAAGGUUCUCUAAUGGGUUAUUGGAUCUUCAAUGUGAUGCUUAUUUGUCUAUUCACAGUACUGAAACAGCUGCCUCAUUGAAAAUGUUUGUUUUCAAUUAGCAGCAAGUAGUCCUCUUACAAAAUAAACAAAUGCUUGCUCUUACUGCCCACAAUUUGGUUGUUAGUUUGCAUAGAAGCUGGAAGGCUAAAACCCUGGGAAAUAAAUAUUUUUAACAGAUCUUCAAA